AGUACGGAUUUAACAUCUUUGCGAAAUCUUUCAAACAUAAUCGCUGACGGUUGGUCUGUGCAGGACGUGAUCGAUACGGUAGUUGCACGUGGUCCAUUCGAUGAACCAGUGCACAUACUUGAUCUUGAUGAUGUGGUUAGAAAACAUCGCAAGUGGCGUCAGCAGUUGCCACGUGUGGAACCAUUCUAUGCGGUUAAGUGUAACGAUGAUCCGGCUAUUCUCAGGACACUGGAGGCAUUGGGUGCAGGUUUCGAUUGUGCCUCAAAGGGGGAGAUCGAGAAAGUUUUGAAACUAGGAGCUGAUCCUGGCAAGAUCAUCUUUGCUCAUACGGCGAAAUCGAUGGAUUCUCUCGCAUAUGCCAAGCAUUGUAAUGUGAAUCUAAUGACGUUUGAUGGGGAGAUUGAGCUGGAGAAGAUCAAACAAAUGCAUGCAGAAUCUUUGUUAGUUUUGCGAAUUCGAUAUGAUUCUCCGGAUGCUCAAAUAUCGCUGGGAAAGAAAUUCGGUUGUGAUCCAGAAAGAGAAGCACCGGAAUUGUUGAGAUACGCAAAAUCGCUUGGAUUAUAUGUAGUUGGCAUCAGUUUUCAUAUUGGCUCCGGAAACAACGAUAGUGACUGCUUCUAUGGUGCUAUAAAGUGUGCUCGAAAACUAUUCGAUUUCGCUAACAGCAUUGGUCAAGAACUUCGUUUGCUGGAUAUUGGAGGAGGCUUCCCUGGGGAACACGAUAAACCCAUUGACACAUAUGCGAAAACAAUCAACUUAGCCCUUCAACGCUUUUUUCCUGUUAAGUCAAAUGUUCGAGUGAUUGCAGAACCGGGCCGAUAUUACGUAGCAUCAGCUGUUACAUUGGUUACUAAUGUUCAAUCGAAAAGGAUCAUCCGAAACUCUCAGGGCACUAUCACGAAUUUUAUGUAUUACCUGAACGAUGGAGUAUUUGGAUCGUUCGAUUGGCUGAACCCACGACAGACACCGCCGGUGAUCAUUCCUGGGAAUAAACAGCUUGUCAGGUCACAAAUCGAUCGCUUUUCUUCGACCCUCUGGGGUCCAACGUGCGAUUCGACAGAUAUUAUCUGUUCGGGAAUGAUGUUGGAGGAACUACAAAUAGGAGAUUUCCUUGUUUUUGAUGACAUGGGAGCUUACGGCAUGACGCUGGCGACCAACUUCAAUGGUUUUGCCAAGCCUCGAGUUUUUGUGUAUAUCAGCAGGACAACCUGGAAACAGCUGAAACUGGAGAAGCAAACCAGCGGAUUGAAACGAUGUGCACAAUAG